AUGUCAUAUGACGACAAGUAUAGACACUUCUCCAUGGCAAAGAUGAGACAAGUUUUAAAUAUUUACAAUAGCCGUAAACAAAAAGGUUUGGGAAACCACUUCCCUGAAGAAAUGAAAAACAACCCCGACUUAGAGAAAGACUAUAUAUUUAAUAGUUUAGUCAAAAGAGACAAACAAGAAAGAAUGCCAGGCUUCAAACUUCAGAAAGGUGACAAAGUAAAAAUAGAAAUACCUAAACGCGACCCAUAUGAAAAUACUAUUGACUAUGACAACAAUGGGAACCCGACAGGUACUCACAUUCGUGUUCGUAAAAAUAGAAGAAAGUAUACAAGAGAAUAUUAUGAAGUUUUAGGCAAACAUGGCAAAAUGUACAGACUGCAAGCAGAAGAUAAAACUACUAUUGUCAGACCUCGUUUCAAACUUGUCAAAGUUCAAGGUGGUAUACUUUCAAAGACAGUUCCUAACAAAUAUAAGACAACUCCUGACGAAUAUGCUAAAGAAGUUGAAAAUGACGACUAA